UAAAUCUUAAUCUUAAAUUCUUAAUAAGUACGUUGUUCAGAAGCCCUAGCGGCUACCGACUAGCAACCCAAAUUCAUCUCCCGCCACGCCUGCUCUUGUUUCGUUAUUGAAUUUAUGGUCUGAUUUUCAGGAGCAGUUUGUGGGUGAUUACGCUGCCAAGCGCUUUUGUGAUCAUGGAUUUGGAUGACCCAUUUGCCGAACCUGUUGUUGCAAAAGCUCCAACAGUUGGUAGGUUUCAGCCGAAGUCAAAACCACGACCCAAGAAAGGACCAUCAAUUGCAGCAAAAUCUACUACCAAGGAUGUAAUUGCAAAUGAGUCGGUUCUACUCAAUGAUCUUGCUGAAAAGAAGUCAUAUGAUCCCAAGAGUUUGUCUGUUGUUGAGGCUGAAAGUUUGGUUAUUCCUCACGAAGAAGGGAAUGUGUCAACUGAAAUAAAGGAAGUGUCAGGUUCGGCUGUUAUUAAGCAGUCAAAAGUUGCUCUUUCGAAUCCAAUCGUAGGAAAAGAUCUGGGUGUGGACUUAUCUUUAAAGUCACAAUUGCCUCCUGAUGGUAUUAGUCUAUCCACGACAGCAGCUUAUUUGCCUUCAGAUACGUCCGGCAUCCAGAUUGAACAUGAGGAGCCUGUUGACUCCAAUAUUAUUGUUGCCAAUGCUUCACCUCUUAGUCCAUGUGAUUCUCAUUCUGUUUCUGAUCAGUCUAAGAUAGUGCAAGAACCAGAAUGCUAUAAAGAGUCCAAUGUCUGUGGUGAUGGAGAUUUGCACUUAAAUGUUGAUCAAUUGGAUAUAGGGGAUCUUUCUUGCCUUGACAUUCUUGAUAUAGCACAUGAGGAUGCUUUUGCUUCUGAAAAGAGUGCUGUCAAAUUCCAGCCCAAGCCUGAGCCUCAAAGUGAUAAACAGAAACAUCCAGCUGUGGCUGCUUCUCAACUUCCACAUGAUCUGGAGCCUCUUUCCGAACAUGAGCAUAAACAGAGCAAUGGUUCAAUGCAUGCUUUAGAACAUAAUGCUAUAGAACAUAACACUAUUUCUGAUGUUUUACAUAUGCGGGAUGAGGAACUUUCUUUUGAUUGUUCUGAGAAUCGGCCUGAUACUUUAGUCUCUAAAGAUACCGAUCCAUCGUUCCUUGAAAAGCCGCUGCAACAAGCUGUAAGUAGCGGUGAGAAUUUUGAAGAAACGAAUUCACAUCAAGCAUUUGACUCUUGUGCCAAAUCGGUAGAUGUAGAGGUUGUGUCAGGAUUUGAAGGAAAUGAAAAUGGAUAUGACAUUCUAGCUGGAGUAAAUAAUGAAUUACAUGAUAAUGGCAGCUCUUAUGACAGAAUAACUGAUGAAUUAGCCUCAAAUAGAGAGGAAUAUAAUGGUGGUGAGCAUUUAGCAGAAGAGACUUUGCAAAAGAAAAAACCUCGAAAGUCUAAGAAAGUUGCUUCUCAAAAUGAUAAACCAAUUAGAAAGAGGAAAAAGAAAGCCCAAGAAUCUGUUGAAGCUACUGAAAAACCUCCCAAGAAGUUCCCUCGUGCUACCCAACGAAAAAGAAGUGUGAACAAGUCCUUGCUUGAAACACCAGAGGAUGAACUUGACCUUCAAAGAGUGCCAAUUAAGGAUUUGAUCAUAUUAGCAGAAUACAGAGAGCGUGAAGCAAAGAAAGAAGCAGCUGCUGCCGUGCAGCCAUCAACUAAUGAGAGAACCGAUAGCAUACUAUCAGAAGACCCUCCUUAUGAUGACAAUGAAGCACUUGGUUUUGACCAAGAUGGAGAUGGAUUAGAUAAUCCUUCUACUUCGGGGAUUAUGAAAGAUACGGGCUACUUCAACUAUCAGUCGUUCAUGACAAAAGAACCCAGAGCGAAGUGGUCAAAGCAUGACACUGAAUUGUUUUACAAGGGUAUACGUCAAUUUGGAUCUGACUUAUCUAUGAUACAACGACUUUUUCCUGGGCGCACACGACAUCAGAUCAAAUUAAAAUAUAAAAAGGAAGAACGCCAGAAUCCUAUGAGGCUUGAUGAUGCUUUGGCUAGUAGAUUAACAGAUUUUUCACAUUUUGAGCUUGUGAUCAAGAGUCUGCAAGAACAAGCUGCACAAGAAGCAAAGAGUGAUCGAGAGGAUUCAGUAUGCCCAACAGGCAACGAUGAAGAGCAGCCAGAGGAAGGUUUAAACAUUGAUGAGGAUGUUGCGAAAGUCGAGCAGAACAAAGAAGAUAAAGUUGAUGAUCAAGAGUCAGAUAAGCACUAUGUUAAAAGUCCUCCCAAAUCUUACUACAGUGAAGAAGAUUUUGACUUAUAUAAUCCUCUUUAAUCUACCAUUUGAACAAAUACUAUCUUCAUCCCAAAUUAGUUUCAAGAUAGGUUUUUAUGUUCCUAAUUUAGAUUUUAGGAUGGGAGGAAGAAAAUUAGGGCCGAAUUAUUUAAAUGCAUCAAAAUAGGGAUAUUUGAAUUUAAUUCAUGGUAUUAAAAUGCAUUAGAAUAGAAUUUUGUACAUUUAAAUAGGCUAGAUUUUAAGUUUUUGAUGACAAAGUUUAUUUUAUUAGAAAAUAUCACAACUUGUGUAAGAUGUAUUGUUUGAACUUAUUUUGUUCCAACUUAUUUGGGAUACAGGGAGUAGGGUUUUAAAUUGGACACUUGGUCAUAUCCGAUUCGGAUAUUUACGGCCCGUUUGGUUGAUGGUAAUGAAGUAAUGGGAAUAAAAUGUUGUAAUGACAAUAGUAAUCAAGGAAUGAAUAUGAGAAUUGGUAA